GAUAGCAUCACAUUCCGUAUCACUGUGGCGACCAAGGAAAGUGCUGCAAAAGGAUCGUCACCGUCGAUCCUACCCAUAGAAGGCCGCAGGUGUACAGUGACGAGGACAGGAUUACAAGAUGUCGAUGGCUCACGGAAACAACUAUGAUUACCAUCGAACCACGUUCGAUGGCGAACGAAAUGAGCGUUGCGUGUGCUGCGUUCGUACGAUGAAAUGGUUUCCGGUGCUAUUCAUCGCAUCUGUGAUCGGUUGGUCAUACUACGCGUUUGUGAUACAACUUUCGUUCUUUACCGUCACCAACAUUGUUCAGAGGAUAUUGUUCCUGCUCUUCUACCAUGGCGUACUGGUUAUGUUUCUGUGGUCGUACUACCAGACAGUAUUCACCGACAUUGGGAGAGUUCCCUCCAGGUUUCGCGUUCCGCGCGCAGAACUAGACCGAAUAGUGCGUGCCACGAAUGAAGAGGAACAGAAGCAGAUACUGGAAUCGUUUGCAAAGGAGCUUCCCGUGGUGACGAGAACAUUAAAUGCAACCGUGCGCUUUUGCGACAAAUGUCGGCUGAUCAAACCGGAUCGGGCACAUCACUGCAGCGUGUGUGGUGUGUGCGUGCUCAAGCUAGAUCACCACUGUCCGUGGGUGAACAACUGUAUCAAUUUUACGAACUACAAAUACUUUAUUCUUUUUCUGGGAUAUGCGCUGCUAUACUGUUUGUAUGUAGCCUGCAGUACCAUUCCCUACAUGGAGUUACUGUGGACGGGAAAAAUCGAUGGAAGAUUUCACAUUUUGUUCCUGUUUUUUGUUUCUAUCAUGUUUGCGAUCAGUUUGGUCAGCCUUUUCGGCUAUCACGUUUAUCUGGUACUGCUAAAUAGGACAACUUUAGAAUCGUUUCGUACACCAAUUUUCCGAUACGGUGGACCGGAUAAGAAUGGUUUCAGCUUGGGAAAGCUGAACAACUUCCAGGAAGUGUUUGGCGACGAUUGGCGAUUGUGGUUCGUUCCAGUGUAUACAAGCCUUGGGGAUGGAAUAUUGUUUCCCACCCAGUCGCACCAUUUAGCGUCGAAUUCACCGCAUGAAGUUGGGUCGCCGGUAGCGCCACUGACCGCCAUCACCGGCGGCAAUCAAAAUUAUAACGGUGCGGUUGCGAAUGGCACGGUUGGGGUAGAUGUUCCCCAACUUCCUCAAACGAUCGUUCUAGAACACGUCGACGAAACGAAGGACGGCGGGGGUCACCGUCGACUCGAGCUCAGCACAAACGGCACUUUGGGACUGCAGGAAACCAAAGAGAGCCUCGCAUCCUCCCAACCUCUUUAG